UCUGCUUCCGCUUCUUCUGCUGCCGUUGCUCCUCAGCUCGCUAAAAGCCGGCCCAAUCCCCUCCUCCCUCUCUCCCACGCCCACCACCAGACAGCACCAGCAGCAGCAGCACCAGCAGCAGCAGCAGCAGCAGAGAGAGAGAGAGAGAGAGAGAGGACAAGAAGCAGGGCGGAGCCAAGAAAGAAGCUCGCUUGGGAGGGAGGGGAGAGGGGGCGGAGGAGGAGGAAGGAGGAGAUGCACGGAGGGGGGUCGAAGAUGCUGGGGGUGGUGAACUUCAUAACGUUCCUGGCGUCGAUCCCGGUGCUGGGGGGCGGAAUCUGGCUGGCGUCGCGGGCGAACACCACGGACUGCAUCCGGUUCCUGCAGUGGCCAAUCAUCAUCAUCGGGCUCGCCGUCAUGGUCGUCUCCCUCAUGGGCUUCGCCGGCGCGUGCUACCGCCAGACCUGGCUGCUCCGCAUCUACCUCUUCGCCAUGUUCUUCAUCGUCGUCGCCCUCCUCUUCUUCAUCGUCUUCGCCUUCGCCGUCACCGACCGCGGGGAGGGCCAGGUGGUCAUGAACCGCCGCUUCCUCGAGUACCAGCUCUCCGACUACAACGGCUGGCUCCGCGGCCGCGUCGCCGACCCCGACUACUGGGCCACCAUCAGCGCAUGCCUCCGCGACGGCCACGCCUGCCGCUCCAUGCGCCGCCCCGUCCGCGACCCCAACACCGGCAUGCUCGUCCUCGAGCCCGCCGUCGUCUUCUACGGCCGCGACCUCUCCCCGAUUCAGUCUGGAUGCUGCAAGCCACCGACGUCAUGUGCGUUCACCUACAACAACGAGACGUACUGGAGCGCGAACCCCGGCGUUCCCACCGUGGUGACCGACCCCGACUGCCUCAAAUGGAGCAACGACCAGCAGACGUUGUGCUUCCAGUGCGACUCGUGCAAGGCUGGCGUCCUGGCCGGCAUCAAGAAGAGCUGGCGCAAGGUGGCCAUCAUCAACAUCGUCGUGCUCAUCAUCCUCGUCAUCGUCUACGUCGCCGGCUGCGCCGCGUUCCGCAACGCCAAGAGGGACGACAACGAUGAGUCGUACGGCAUGGCCAGGAUGACCAAGUCCCGGCCGAGCAGGUUCCAGUUCUAGGCUUGCCCGCAGCGAAAAGCCGGGAAAACCUUUGCCUGUACAAAAGGCCACUCGUUGUGGGUGGUGGUGUUAAGACUUUUGGCCUGAACUAUAUUUCUUGCUGAACUGUGUUGAUGAUGAUGAUGAUGAUUGAUCACCCUGUAGCUGGGUUGUGUGAAAGGGAAGGUGUUCUUGGAUCGAAAUGUUUAGUGUGGUGUUUGGGUUCUGUGGUGUUUAGGGUAGGUCUAUUCUGUAUUUGGUGGUACAAGAUGAGGUCUGCAAGGAACAGGACGGGCUGGCUCAUUUUUAGGAAUGUAUUAUUCUGCACUUGGUGA